AUGCAGGCAAAACGCAUGGGAACAACGACCAUAGAUGGUGAAAUCCUAGCUAUCAUGCCUACUUUUUCCCAGGGUCAUUUUCCACGAAUGGAGAAUAUUGCUGCUUUUAAACCUGUGUCCAUCUCCCCUUUUCACUCCACUUGUGGUUAUCCUGAGCGGAGCAGCUACUGUCAGUCUGCAGCUUCACAGAGCGAGCUCCAGGCGUGCUCGCAGGCUUCCUGUGUGCAGGACUGUCUCUAUAGGUCCUCCACGCCACCAUAUGCCCCUCUGCUGCUGCCUGCGCACAGAGGAAGCUGCAUUACAGAAGACAAGAAUGACUCUCAUCCUACUAAGUCACAAACAGAGUCUGCUCUGUCCCUGGAGGAUGGAGCCAUAGGAUCUUCUAGUGUGAUAUUCUGGCCUGAGAAGGAUGGAUGUUUGGUCUCCCCACCAUCCCAAAAACUCGGUCCUUCAGGAUCUUUCACGUUGGCAGUUUGGAUAAAGCCAAACAGAACAGGAGAAAUGAUUUUACUGGAAAUGAGCUCAGAGGAAAAGCUUACAUUUGCAGUGACAAUAUCGGAACAAGCGGUCACUCUCCAACAUGGAGAGAGAAGCGGUCUCGCUCUUCAGAGGGUCAGCUUCAGAACCAAUGGCAGACUUUCACCUUUGAAGUGGACACACUUUGUUCUGCAGGUUCAUGACACACAAGUGAGCCUGUUCCUCGAUGGAUUGGAGGAGGAUGGGACACCUUUUGAGACGCAGACACUGUCCAAGAAGAUUUCUGAUACCAGCGAGGGUGACACCAUGUGGGUGGGCCUCAGCUCCAAUGGGACCAAUCAGUUCAUUGGGCACAUGCAGGACUUAAGAUUUUAUCCUGCCACUCUGACCAACAGAGAAAUUGUGGAGCUGUAUUCAGGAAUCCUCCCUAAUGCCCAUGCACAGUCAGAGUGUCGCUGCCCUCCCAGACAUCCCAGAGUCCACCCUUUAGUCGAGAGAUACUGCAUUCCUAAUGCUGCUGAGGAUACGACAAAUGACAGAACUCCAAGACUAAAUGAGAACGCCCACCCUCUGAGUUAUUUAAAUGAUAAUGACAUGGGAACCAGCUGGAUCUCCAAGAUUUUUACUUCACAGGAGUUGGACGAAGGGGUCAUUAUUUCAUUGAAUCUGCUGAAUGGACAGUACCAGGUCUUCUAUGUGAUAAUUGAAUUUGAAAACCUCUUUCCCGAAAAAAUUGUUUUCCAAAAACGAUAUAUUGAUGUAGAAAUGCCAAACGCAACUGAAGUGCCCUGGUCGGACUGGCAGUAUAUGGCCCGAAACUGUAGCAUGUUUCAAAUGGAAAAUAACGGCCCCUUAGUCAAAGCGGACUCAAUAAACUGUUUAAAGUUGCCCAGUGAAGUGCCAUAUUCUGGGGGAAGCAUAACAUUCAGCCUUCUGACCUCCGAACAAAACUUGAGACCUGGCUCCAAUGACUUCUACAACACUCCUGCCCUGCAGACAUUUGUAUAUGCCUCACAGGUCAGGGUUCAUCUGAUGGGACAAUACCUCACCACAGAAAUUGGAGUGAACCAUGGACACCAAUACUACGCCAUCAAGGAAAUCACAAUUAGUGGAAGAUGUGAAUGCCAUGGACAUGCGGACCACUGUGAUACAAGUGUAACCCCCUAUCGCUGUUUGUGUCUGCCCGAGAGUUACACAGAGGGCAAUAAUUGCCAGCGUUGUGCACCCCUUUUUAAUGACAAGCCUUUUAAAUCUGGUAAUCAACUUGAGCCAAUGAACUGCCGGCCUUGUCAAUGCUUUGGACAUUCCUUCUCCUGUCAUUAUGAUCCUCAAGCUGAUGACCACCCUGAUGACCGUUACCGUGGUGGAGGAGGUGUUUGUGAUUACUGCAUGCAUAACACCACAGGCAGAAAUUGUGACAUGUGUGCAAGUGAGUUUUUCAGGAAUGACGGGUCUAAUCCAUCUUUCAUUCAUGUAUGCAAGCCUUGCAACUGUAACACUGCUGGUACAGUCAACCAAAGCAGAAUUUGCUCACAAGUUGGAGGGCAGUGUCCUUGCAAAUAUGCUGUAACAGGCCGGCAAUGCACAACCUGCUUGCCUGGUUGGUAUGGACUUGACUCAUCAAAUCCAAGGGGCUGUAUUCAAUGUAACUGCAGUGAGAGUGGCUCCAUGAGUAUCGCAACAGAUGGAGACCUCAACUGCAAUCAGUCCACAGGGCAGUGUCCUUGUAAACCUCAUGUUACAGGUCUGUCCUGUGACCAAUGUGAGUAUGGUUACUGGAACUUGUCCCAUCCAUAUGGCUGUGUCCCAUGCGACUGUGACCCAUCAGGACAGUGCGUUUGUAAGGAGAAUGUUUUUGGACAACAUUGUGAUACAUGCAAGGCUGGCUACCACACUUUGGACCGUCGAAACUCCUUUGGGUGUCUUUCCUGUGUAUGUGACUUAAGUGGCACUCUUCCUGGGGCUACCUGCGAUACCCUCACAGGCCAGUGUCCUUGUAGAGAAGGAGUGGAGGGACUACAGUGCAACAGUUGUGCCCCUAACUUCUACAACUUCACAGACAGUAGCUUGUCCUACAACUGUGUGCCUUGUAGAUGUGACCCCAGUGGGACACUCGCUGGAUCCGUGUGUGAUAGUACUACAGGCCAAUGUGUGUGUUUGUCCACACGCCAUGGAAAGAACUGUAACAGCUGUAAACCGGGGUUUUACCUGGCACCAAAUGACAGUGUAUGUGUGAAGUGUGGUUGCCACCCCGUUGGAUCAGUGCAGAGUGCUUGUGAGAGCCACACAGGGCAGUGUGUAUGCUCACAUCCCUCUGUAGGAGGGAGGCAAUGUGACCAGUGUCUGGACAUGUACUUUGGAUUCAACCCUGGUCUGGGCAGAUGCCAGCCAUGUGCAUGUGAUCCAGUCGGUAGCCUCAAUGGUUCUUGCCACUCCGAGUCGGGCAUGUGCAUCUGUAAGUUGUUGGUAACAGGAGAAAGGUGUGAUGUAUGCCAACCUGGAUCACAUUAUCUGGAGGCAGAAAACCCUUAUGGCUGCAGCAAGUCCCCCUCACAACAGCCUCCACCAAUAGCUACCGCUCUUAAUUAUUCCACUAUUUGGCUUACAUGGCUUUCACCUGACUCUCCAUACUCAAACAAACUUAACUACACACUUAUCAGAGAUGGGCAGUUGCAGCACACCAUCCAAAGUCAUUAUCCAUUUAGAAAAGAAUCUUAUGAAGACACAGAUUUGUCUCCUUACACUAACUACACUUACUGGCUCAUAACUGCCAAUGUGGCAGGGUCAACAACAAGUGUGUCUGUCUCAUGCCAGACCUUGGGUGCACCUCCUUCUCCAGAUGAGCUUAAAUUGAAGCUCGUUGGAAGACCAGGCCCUACAAGCGCACACUUCACCUGGAGUGUACCAUCCAAUGAAACAGGCCCAGUGGAAUGGUUUUUGUUAUUUACUAUAGAUCCUAUUGCCAGUGAACCUGUUUUACAGUACACAGGGCUUUCAACAGAGGCAGUGGCAACCGGUCUUAAGCCGUUUACACAAUAUUCUGCUUAUUUGGAGGCGUGUACUUCUGGGAGGUGUACUGAUUCUAAACCACUGUCACUGCUGACAGCUUCAGCUCUUCCAAAGAACCAACCUACACUCAAUAUGACUUCGAUUGGCUCUCAUACAAUUAAUGUUUCAUGGGAUCCCCCGGUCCAUCCUAAUGGAGUUAUUACAAAAUAUGAAGUGUUUUUGCUGGGACCCUUUGAAACUCAUGACCUAUCAAGUCCACCAGAUGAAAAGCUGGUGUUCACAAGCUCUGGUUGGUGGGAUCCGAGCAUGUCCUACUUAAUAGAGACCAACAGGAGCACUAUUCAACCUCCUGAGAGGAACACACUGAUAACUGGCCUGCAGGCCUUUUCCACAUAUAAAAUGAGAGUUGUGAGCUCCAAUGUGGCUGGCAGUGUCACAUCACAGUGGACCUUGGCUCGUACAAUGGAAGGAGUGCCAGAAUUCAUUGCUCCUCCUCAAGUGACUGCACUCUCAGCCAAAUCUCUCAAAGUUAGUUGGAACUCCACUGAAGGUCAUGGGGUCAUUGCCAGAGGAAUCGUCACGGAAUAUCUUGUUAAUUUGGUCACCGAGUCCAACAGCCCCUAUGCUCCUCCUGUCAUUAACCAGGUUAUAUUCAACGCAACUCCAUCAUCCGAACCAGUGUUUCUAGUGGAAGGACUCAAACCAUACCAACUAUAUACCUUUUCAGUCACAAUGUGCACAAAAACAGCAUGUAUUACCAGUUUACCGAGCACGGGAGUCACUUUAUCUGCAGCUCCUUCAGGACUCUUUCCACCUCAGUUGUAUCCAGUAAAUGAGUCCACAAUUCAUAUACUUUGGGACCCCCCGGCUCAGCUGAAUGGACCCCCGCCACUUUACCAGGUGGAGAGGAUUGAUGUUUCUUUAUCUGACUCACAAACUCCUGUUGUACGAGGAACCAGGUUCCCAGGGAAUAGUUUCUACGAGUUUCCAGAUGAAACCCUUCCCACAAAUACUGACUUUACAGGUAUUCGGUUGAGUUUCAAGACAAAGUCACCCAAUGGUCUGUUGAUCGCUGCCUUCUCACCAGGACUUCAAGAAGAGUUCAUUGCUAUACAGAUAAAAAAUGGACAACUCUACUUUAGUUUUGAUCCACAAGGUUCCCCAGUAACCGUGUCAGUCCAAAGUGGAGGGUUACUUGAUGAUGACCAAUGGCACACUGUCACUGUUAGAAGAAAAGGAUCCAUAGGAAGAGUCACUUUAGACGACCAAUACACAGGUGCUGCAUCAGCAAACAAUGGCAACACCAUCAUUGGGGAAAUUUCAGGACUAUUCAUAGGAGGCCUGCCUCGGGACUUCAUAUUGCAACGCAAGGAUUUAGAUUCUGAGGUGGUUCAACAAGGCUUCACUGGUUGCCUGAGAGAUGUACAUUUUCUGAUGAUGGACAGUCCCUUUGAACAGUGGAAGCCUCUGAACUGGACAUCUGCCAUAAGAAAGGUUUCAGCGUACGAAAGCUGGGAGGGCUGCCCUGCUCAACUUGUGGAUGGAGCUCAUUUUCUGGGACAUGGUUACUUGGAAUUAAGUGGCAAGGUCUUCGAAGGAGGAGAGAACUUUAAGAUUUCUUUGGAAUUCAGGACUGACCAAUUGGAGGCACUGCUGCUCUUUACUUACAACACACAAAGAGAUGAUUACAUGCUGGUGCAAUUGAGUGGUGGUUUCCUGACCAUCAUUGUGUCUUGUGAUGGCGACGUGAUGACACUAGUCAUGUGGGCGGGGCUUGGCUACUGUGACGGAGAAUGGAAAGAGUUUUCGGUGACAAAAGAGGGCUCACUUCUCUCUGCUAUUGUUGAUGACUGGGAAGACAUGACAAGAGGAGAAGUACAAACUAUCCAUCUUCGAGUCGAUUCGCCACUUUAUUUAGGGGGUGUUCCUUCUGAGCUCAAUCACUACGCUUUGAACAGUCAAAGUCACAAACACGGUCUUGGUGGCUGCAUAAGAAGUGUUUCCAUAAGUGAUGGAAGAAACUCUAAUAGCAGUCCGUCUCUAAACCUGUUUGUUGCCUCCUUGGGUUCUGUCCGAGUGUUCUUAGGAGGAUGUCCCAGCAGUGAAAGUCGCUACAACUGCAGAGGAAAUGAUUCAGUGUUGAUCUACACCGGCAACAAGACAGAAGCUAUUGAUAAUACCCUACAGCCUUUCACUGAGUACUUUUACAGGUAUGUGGCGUUGGGUACUGGCGGUUGGUCAGUGGGGCCAUGGCAACGAGGCCGCAGUCAAGGAAGAGUCCCUCAGGUUGUACCCCCUCCCAAUGAAGUUCAAAGUCUGAAUGGGUUCAGUGCCAAUGUGGUUUGGAUGCCACCCACGGAACCGAUGGGAAUGAUUGACUAUUAUGAGUUGAAGGCUUACAAUCUAGACAAUCCUGAAGAAGCACCGAUCUCUACCACUUACCUUGCUAAUGGAAAUGUCACAGGGGUGUUAUAUGGUCUCACUCCAGCUACUCGGUACAGUGUCACUGUCAGCACCUGUACCCACUUUGGCUGCACAGAGAGUGCACAAACAUACAAUGAUGGUGGUUUGAUGUCUCUUCUCACUACUCCAGAAGAAGCUCCAGGUGCUGUUUUCCCCCCAUUUACUGUCUCUUCACCCACAUCUCUUCAUGUUUUCUGGAAACCUCCAGCUAAGCCCAAUGGAGCUGUCACAGAAUACCUCCUCUAUCUCAAUAGCCAACUGGUCUAUAAUGGUUCGGACAAAGAGUACAACAUUGCUGGGCUUGCGGUGUACUCAACUCAUACACUGGUUGUGGGGGCGUGUACUUCAGCGGGCUGCACUAACAGUUCACUGAUAACAGUGGUGACGUCCCAGCUGCCCCCUGGGCCUCUAAAUGUGCCUACCCUCACCCUUCUGGAUUCACGGACCAUUCUGGUGGAAUGGGCGCGUCCGUCUCAGGUGAAUGGAGUUUUGGAGUCCUAUUCUAUAUUUGUAUCAUCCGAUGAUGGACCUGUCCUAGUUCACAACGCCACAGACCUUGUCGAAGAACACACUCUUAGAAAUCUUACCCCUGGAACAGCAUACAAUAUCACUGUGGCAGCCUGCACAGGUGGUGGAUGUACUCUGAGUCCUCCCAGUCAUGCUAAGACAGAGGAGAGCACUCCAGAGGAUAUCCCAGCUCCUGUGGUCAUUCCUAUAUCACCACAUGCUUUCAAUGUGAGCUGGACUCCACCCAAGACUCCAAAUGCAGAGUCUAGAGCAGCCAGUGAGCGAGAGGCCAGUGCUUCAUGGAGGAGCUUUGAGUGGAUGGAAAGUGCUCCCUUUUGA